AACAUAGUUUCUUCCAUGGUUCAAAGUAUUUUCUCUUGUUUGCUGCAAUUCAGGUAUUACAACAUCUAUCACUCAGAGCUGCGGUGUGUGACUGUUGAUGUUGGUCACCAUGAGGCUGUUGUGACCUGCAAUGAAACAACUAUGACUAUAGAAAUGGCAAAGACCUACACCAUCAAACGCAACGAGGACAACCUGCAUCUAAAUAGCUUCACUGAUUCUUCUUGUGACCUCAAAAGACUCUCCAACGAAACCCAUGUGGUGGUUAUCAUGGAGCUGGGCGCAUGUGGGACAUAUGUUCAGGAGGAUGAAGAUAGGAUAUACUUUCAGAAUGAAAUCACUUCAGCUGACCCAAAUAAAAUCAUUUCCAGGCAGCACAAUGUCGAAAUUGCCUUUUCCUGCUCCUACCCAAAGCGAACCAACCUGACCCUGGGAUUCAGACACAAAAACCCGUACGCCUUCAGAGAGAAAGGCUUUGGUGCUUUCACCUUCCAGUUUGAAUUCUUUGAGAGCCAGCGCUUCAGCAAGCAAGUAGACGCCAGCAGCUACCCGGUGGAGGUUUACCUGAAGCAGAUGAUCUACAUGCAGAUCGAGGCCACCUCGUCCAUCCCAAACACUGAGCUGUUUGUGGAAUCCUGCAAGGCGGCUCCCUACGACAACCCCAACUCCCGCAUCAGCUACACCAUCAUCGAAAACGGAUGUGUGAAGGACAGAACAGUGCAAAUCUACCAAAGCUCAAAGUCUCAGUUCAGGUUUGGCAUGGAGGCUUUUGAGUUCAUCGGAGCUCACGAGGAGGUUUACAUCACCUGUUCGGUCCUCCUGUGUGAGAUCGGCGCUCCUGGAACUCGAUGCUCUCAGGGAUGCAUUACAUCAAACUCAAGGAACAAUCGCAAGAAGAGGGACGCUACAGCUGAGACAAGCAGCCACUCCAUUUCCCAGGGUCCUUUGCACCUUGCUAGGACUAAAGAUGCCAAAGCGACUGGACCAAACCUGAGCCUGGGCCUGAACAUGGUCUUCAUCGUCGGCUGCCUGCUGGCGUGUGGAGUGGUUGUCUACCGAUCUAGAAGAGCCAAAGCUAAAUACCAACUGCUGGCAACCUCUGAGACAGACUGAGCUCAGAUCUGCUGCUUCCUUAGUUUCUGUCUUUUUCUCUACUGGUGGUUUGAAUGAUAAUUACUCCAUAUGGUAAAAAAGAUAACACUAUUUGAAAAUAAAACACUAAACCUUAUGUGUGGGAUGAAAUAAUGUGGAUGUUUUUGAAUAUAUUUCUGAUUGUUUUGAAAAUUAAUUUACAGAAUUUUGAACAUGACAAAGCUGAGCUAUAUAUCAGCAAUAUCCCUCAUUUUUCAAGUUAUUUUACUUGUAUUUUUUAAAAUUUUGUUGACUCUAGUGGCCUUUAUUUUAGGGUGGUCAGACAGGAAAGUGAUUAAUGAGAAGGGGGAAGACAAAAGGUCAUCAGGCUGGGAAUUGUAUCUGUGAUGGCCGUGUCUACUUGUAAUUUUUUUACUUUUCUUUUCCCACGUGAAAAUACGUGUCCUGCUGUGAAAUGAGCGCAAUAAAAAGUUUAUAAGCAACUGAUAACUUUA